AAUGCCAGAUCGCCCAUAAAAACAAUGAUCCGGCCAUUGUUUACGUGAUCUUGACUGAUGUUAUAUCAAUGCGGUUAACGAUAAAGUCGUUAAAUCGUGAAGUGUUCGUUGAUUGAUCAUCAUCAUAGGAUUGUGCGAUCGCGGAGAAGCGGUGCCCUUGCGAACGAUGCAAUUGUCAAAAGAACGCCGCCUUUGACAGUGUUUUAUUUAUUGUUUCUGUGUACAUGAUCAGUUUUUGAAAACACUGCAGCUUUCGGGCGUUCGAAGCCCGUACCCCAUGAUCGAGAUGCAACUGAAGUGCGUGUUCUGCAAGCGUUUCCUAAACUCGUGCCUGGACAUCCACAAUCCCACAGAAUGCACAGAGUUUAUCUCACCAUUCGAAGACAUCAAAGAGUGCUUUCAGAUCCCUUUUCUGCAUGUCAGUGGGGAUGAGGGCAUCUGCUCAGAAUGCUUCAUCGUCAUCAGAUUCAUAAAUGCCAUGAAAACACACAUGACCCGUGCCCUGAAGAAUGAGAAAUGCACAGUGAUCACAAUAUUCAACAAGUACAAGCAAAUCCUAUGCUCAAUACAAUUCCAAAACAAUGAACACCUUGAGGAGAUGUAUGCCACUGUUUGCACUGAAACACAACCUGACCAGUAUAAAGAAACGCGGCGGGCGAGGACACCCGCUUCCGGCGAAGUCUACGGGAUUCUCAAGAAGAAUAAGGGCACGAAGAGGAGAAGGGUUAAUUCGAAUAUGGGCAGAAGCAGUGUGAAUAAUGUAAGGACUGCUUCAAGAGCAAGUUCCACAGCAAGUAUUAGCUCAUUUGCCUCCAGAGGUGUAAGAUCAGAGCCCGUCUACGAUCCUGAUAGGUGCAAUCUUGAAUCUCGAAUGGGAUUUGACGAUUUCGACCCGGAAAAUGAAGACGACGAUGAUGAUGACGAUGAAGAGAAAAAACGCUACGGAUGUCGAGAAUGCUCUGUCUACUUUUCCUCAAAACGCAAAUUGUUGCAACACAGCACCCAAAAUCAUUCGUUCUGCAUAUAUUGUCCGUUAUGCGAAACGUUGGAGAGGAAUGUGGUGGAUCUGCAGGAGCAUCUGGACUAUCAUCGGGUGGUGAGCAUUCCAUGCGGGUUCUGCGACAAGUCUUUCGUCAACUACGAACGACUUUACGAACAUCGCAAGAUCUCGCAUAAGAAUAAAGUAGUGCUGCUGCCGCCCAGAAUUCGCAUGAACGUCAUCUUCAAUCGGAGUUUGCGGUACGCGCAGGCGAACAGAAGCGAAGUCGUCGGCGAAGCCAAUAAACCGUUCGAGAGGGUGAUGUACGUCAACGAGGAAGGUAACCAUCGCGAGAGGUUCAACCAUCACGACACCUACUGCCUGUGCAUGAACGAAUAUCUUGAGAAUGAUAAUAUCAAGAUGCACGACACGUACUGCUCGUGCAAGACGGCACCACUACUCGCACAGUCUCCGCGUUCCGACGUGGAUGAGUUCGCAGUUGGAACAUCCAUUAUUUACAGGGAGAGGGAUACCAGCGAUUCGAGUGAUCCGGAUAUCGUGGAACCAAGUGUUCCGAGUUCAUCAAUCGCACCGAUAACUCCACCACUCAUUCGAUCUCCUAUUCUAGACCCCAAUCCACCUUCUCCUCCAACAGUGCGAGAUCCCACACCUCCACCUUAUCAAAAACAUCCUUCGCCAAUUCCGGAAUCCCUUCCAAGCACGUCCACAAUGCCGUCUUCUCCACUUAUCGAAAAUCAUCCUUCACCAACUCUGGAAUCCUUUCCCGGUAAGUCUUCGGCGUUGUCUCCUCCACCUAUCCAAAAUCAUCCUUCACCAAUUUCUGAAUCCCUUCCCGGCACGUCCUCAGCGCCCUCUCUUGCUCUCGUCGAACGAUCACCAUCGCCGACACCAAUGAAGGGUUUCUCUCCUCGCAAUUCAACACCGCCUCCCGUCCUUGAAGCUUCUCCCCUAUUGGAGUAUUCACAACCUCUGCAUGUAACAGUAAAACAAACGAAAAAUCGGGAUCCAUCACCUCCCCAUCUAAGUGUUAGUAGCGUUGCAGCUGCACCUAAGAAUAACGGCGGCAUCAUGGCAAUAGACAAAGCGAGCAUCUACAAGCAGUUCAUCCACGACGAUUCGGACAAGGUGAACGGUUGUUCGGACAGUGAAGUCGAUGUACAAGUUAAUGAUACUAAGCGAGUGACGCGAUCGACGGGCAAACCCAGUUGCAGCAGUGCAGAUGGCGCGAUUCCAAGCACCAGUAAACAGUACUACGAACAGUCCCGAAGUUCACCCGUAGAUAAACCAAAAACACAGUCGAAAAGGACAGCAUCCAAAGGUAAUGUUAAUGUUAAGAAGAAAUCACCACCGGAUGAAAGCGGUCUUGUAGUUGUUGAAGUCAUUAAGCCUCCGCCAAACGGCGAAACGAGCGAUCCGAAAGAGUUGACUGCAUUAGAAGAAGAUGCAACGAAUAAUUCAUCGAAGGUGAUCGUUACGAGUGAAUCUUCGGAGGAAGCGACGACCAAAGAUGGGGAGUUAAUGAUGGACUCGCAAGAGGUGAUCCAGUACGAGGAUAUCGGAACCGUGGAGGAGAUCAUAGAAUCGAAUUGGCAGGAUCCGGCGCAAGACUGGCAGGACGAGCAAUCAAAUGCGAAAGCAGAAAGUGCGGCCAAGAAGCGGAAUUUCUUCGAUACGUUUAUCAAGACGGAGCAGCAGCAGUAUCAGCAGCAGCCGGCCAAAAAAAGCGUAUACGAUACCUUCAUAUGCAGAGGUAACUCGAAAAAUAAACGAGCUAAAGUAUCAUCGAAAGCCAAGGUCGCGCCGAUCCUCGAGAACCUGGAAGUAUAUGUAAUAAAUCCGAAUUCACCGGGAGCGUCCAAGGAGGAUGAAAAUUUGAUCAAGGAGAGUGCAGUGCCCAGUACCACGCAGAUCGACAGCUUACCGGGGACCAGCGACUCGGUGAAGAGGUCGAGGAAUCGUGAGCAUUUGUUAAAGCUCAUGGACGAUUUGCAGAAGAAGAAAAAGGAGCAGAAGACGGUGAGUUCAACGUUCACGCAAAUGAAGAGUCCUUCCGCUACUUGCACCUCCUCUUCUCCUUCUUCCUCCACCUCCUCCGUGUUACCAUCUUCCCCGCCAAUAGCCAUCGAGAAGAACGAGAGCGGCGACUUCCUCAAGAAGGUAGCAAUUACACUAUCUCCUCCCAUAAGGAAAAACAAACGGAAACCAAAUAGACCAGCUACAAAGAGGUUGGGCAUGUCAAACGUGGUGCGAUGCGUGAACACUCCGAACAGCAGUGAACUCGUGCAAAUCGAAGGAGAACUCUACACGAAAAACGCUUACAAACACGCGAAGAAAAAAGUGAAGCGAUAGUUUCCUUUGAUGAAAACGACGAGAGCUUUGGACUGACUUCUGUUGUUUUUCUAAUUGUAUAGUUGUUGCCGCGCAAGAGACUUGCCACAAAAAAAUGACUUUUCUUUCAUCUUUUACUUCAAACGAUUCUAUGUAAAUAACAUUUUUUUUUAUCAUUUUUUUUUUCUUCAAUUCACAUCAAGACAACAUCGCGAUCUCAACUUGCAAAUUGAAAAUAUAUGAAUUGUAACGUAUCGAAUCACAUGUAGCAAUCAAUUAACAACAGCCAUAAAAUUACAUUUUAAGCAAAUAUGUUUAUUACCUGAGUCUCCACGGGGCAAAUAUCAAAUAAUAAGUUUACUAACAAUAAUAAUCAUCAAUAUAAAUAGCGUAUAGACUGAUCUCCAAUCAAUGUACUAAUUGUAUAAAAAAAAAUCUAAAUGUUGCUGUUCACAUCUAUCAAGGAAUGUUUAUUCGUAUUGUAUCCAACGAUCGGAAAUGUUUUCGAACAUUUUACGUGGAUUCUAGGUACAUAAAUAUUUAACA